AUGCCAAGAUUUGGCAUCACAGUCGAAGGAAGGGUCUCCAGUUGGCAUUCUAUAGGACCGGCUCAGACCUCCUGGACUCCUUUCCGGUUGAUCCCAUCAACCCGGUCCAAGUACUGCUAUAUUGUGUACAGUGCUCUCUCUAUCCCUAUACGUCUUCUCUUCAGCCUGAUCUCCUCUUCUUCAGAAGUUAUAACCCCCAUAUCCAGGGAGAGCAGUGCCCGAUCUAUGUGGAUCACCCCAUCACCGGCGCUCACGGCGGCAUUCGCAGAGAUUGGCAAAAUCUACGCUCGCCGUGUACAAAUCGACAAAACCACCAAGACCCUGCUGAAGGAUUUGAAGCGAAGAUUUCCUCGUAGCAUCAAACUAGCCAUUGGCAUGAAGAACAAGAUCCGGCACCUCUUCAAAGAGCAGGAAGACUGUCACAUUAUGGUGGACGAUAUCUGCCAUCAUCCAAACUAUCUUCUUUCUUCCAAACUUCGCUCUCUUCGCAUCCAAACAUUCAUCUACCAGAGGAUCCCAACUCAACAGUUGAUUUGUAAAGCUCAGUCCUAA